UCGGCCGGCCCUCCUCACGCCUCCCAGGAGAGGGAAACCCCCCUAGUCACGUGACUACAGGCACCUGGAGUCUGCUAUCAUGUGACUUCCCUUAGCAACGGCCACGGCUUCCUUAGCAACGAGGCUGUUUUUCUGAUUUCUACACCUUGGGGGGCCUUUUUUCCCCCUCCCCCCUGCUCACGAUGACCAGCCGGUUGUACGACAGCAUCGAGCCCAACGUCAUCAACGAGGAGAUGCUGCAGAAAGCGGUGGAGGAGCAAGGGCCUCAAGAGGAAGCCGGCCAGCUGGCCAAAAAGGAAGGGAUCAACUUCAGGGACGUCAAAGAACUGCAGCUGGAUUUUAGAAAUAUCCUGAAAAUCGACAAUCUUUGGCAGUUUGUAAACCUGACAAAACUGCAGCUGGACAACAACAUCAUUGAGAAGAUAGAGGCCCUGGAGUCCCUCGUGAAUCUUGUCUGGCUAGAUUUGUCUUUCAACAAUAUCGAGGAGAUUGAAGGCUUAGAGGCCCUCAUUAAGUUGCAGGACCUUAGUCUGUACAACAAUAGGAUUUCCAAGAUCGAGAAUCUGGACACACUUCAAGACCUUCAGAUCUUCUCCAUUGGAAAUAACAACAUACACAAUCUGGAAAAUUUGAUCUAUCUCAGGAAGUUCAAAAACCUGCGCACGUUGAACCUCAGUGGGAAUCCGGUAUGUGACAAUGAACAAUACUCCAUGUUUAUCGCUGCUUAUCUCCCAGAUCUUGUGUACCUGGAUUUUCGGCUGCUGGAUGACAACAUGAGAGAAAUGGCCUUGAUUAAAUACCAGUAUGCCAUUGAGGAGAUGAAGCAAGGGGAAGCUGUGGCUUUAGCCAAGCAGGAAGAACUGGAUGCGGCUGAAAAAGAGGUGGCAUACCACAGGGCUGCUUACGUGGAGUAUUUGAACGGGCCCUUCCUCUUUGACAGCAUGUAUGCCGAAGAUCCAGAAGCCUCCAAGCUGAUGUACCUCCCCGGAGUACCAGAUCUUGUGGAAAUGUACAAGACUAAAUUCGUGGCCAUUUGCGAGAACCUGUUUGAGUACGGCCUGAAGCAGCACGAGAGGCAGGAGGAAGAAGUCAAGCUCUUCUAUGAAUGCCUCAACGAAGCCCUGGCAGAAAACCAAGAGCAGGGCGCCAAGAUCAUGCGGGCCUUUGAAGAAAAGAAUAGUGGGGCCCUGGAUGUCAUUCAGAGCCUUAGCGACACCCAGGUCACCGAGCUGAAACUCGCGGAGUACAACGAAGAGAUCUCAAAGCUGUCCGAAACGCUGAUGACUCUGGAGAUGCAGCUGGUUGACCAGUUAGAGGAAGUCAUAAAAGAUUUCGAACGGAACAUUGCCGACUUGGUGUCGAUCUUCAUAGAAAACGAACAAGGUCUAAUGGCCCAGUGCCGGGAUCUGGAGAACCACCAUCAUGAGAAGCUCCUGGAAACGGCCAUCAACACGCUGGAGAAGAUAGUGAAGAGCGAGUUUGAGGAGGACAUGCCAGAUGACGUUCGGAUGCUUUUUGUAGACAAAGACACCAUCGUCAAUGCUGUCAACGCCUCCCAUGAUAUCCACCUCCUUAAGAUCGACAACCGAGAAGAUGAAAUCAUCACGAAAGCCAACAACUGGGCUUCCGCCCUGAUCGAGAAGGUUCACAAGGAUGAAAUCCACAGAAACCGAAGCCGCGUCAUGGAAAUCAAUCAAUACAUCGACCAUCUCCAGGGGGACGUGGACAACUUGGACAUUCUGGAACCGAUCCCCGGGUUUUGACACAGAACGGUGGCUGACUCAAGUUUGGAUCCAGGUGUUUCUACCUGGGAAGGGCAUCCAUACCGAGGUCUCCUUCCCCAAGGAGAGCCGCCCCAGAAGUGAGACUCUGUGUUCUGCUGGAGGGAAUUCCCUCCCCCUGACUUAUUGAAUGACCCAAAUCAGAAAAUAAAUGGACAAUUCAGAGAAGCGUGACCUGAACCUGGUGCUUUGC